AGUCUGAAAAGUGAAAACGCAUGUCGCUACGACGACAGCGUGUUUCAUAGAUAAUAUAAUAUACUGUAAUGGCUAAUGGGUAAUAGCACAGAACAAUAAGUAAUAGUGUAAUACACCGUUAUCACAGCUGAUAUCUAUUGUAGAUAUCUUUUUUCUGUGUCUACAACCAUGCUACAAUCUAUAGGUAGUAGGUGUCAGAUAGGUAACAAUUCUAAUUUUCAAAUGUUAUAUUUCAAAUUAUUUGUAUUCCAAUGAUUUGAUGAGUAUUAAUUGAGUACCUACAAUGUAAUCAUUUUAGUGCGCUGGAAGUUGGAAUCUCUUUUUUUAUUUUGUAAUUUAAAACUCAACUAACCUAAGAUAAAAUAUAUGACAUAAAAUUUAAGUUUUAUAAUAUACCUAAUAAAAUUAUUAUGUCCAAAAAAAAUCGAAAACUCUUUUCUACAAGAUCUCAAAAAUAUAAAAAGAGCAUAGAAGAAUGUACAAAUAUCAUUGCCACUUCUCCUUUUUGGAUACAAUUUUCUACAACUAUUAAAGUGGUACUAAAUGGAUCCAAUCUAUCAUCAAUCCUGUGCUACGGACUAGGAAAUUUUUUUGAGAGCAUACAAUCUAAAUAUCAGUUAGGUUUACUUUUAACAAUUAAAAAUGAAUUUAAAGUGAAGAACUGUUAUGUAUAUGAUCCUAAAUUCACGGAUGCUGAACGUACUCAUUUAGCUGAAGUUGGAUGUGAUUCACUUAGUGAAAAUGAAGAAGGAAAACGGAAUUUGUUACCUGGUACAUUUGUAUAUAUGCCUCAUUGUCCAAAACAGCUAUUAAAUAAUUUAUUAUGGGCAAAUUGGAAUAAGGAAAUACUAAUGAGUUGUAUAAUUGUUUGUAAUAGCAUUGACCAAACAGUGACUUCAACUUUGGACCGGAUUUUAAAUAAGUAUGCUUAUUAUGUAAAAAAAAUAUCUCCAUACGUCAUAGAAAAAAAAUGUUGUGAUAACUUUAUUUAUGAUGAUGUUUUCAAUGAUAUGUCACUUCAUAUAUUUCCUGAUGAAAAAUUUAAAGAGCUAGAAAAUAUAUUUUGGGAGCGUGGUAAAGAACCAAUGUAUGAUAAUGAUGAGCUAGAAUUUAUAACAAAAUUUGAGUGCAUGUCUUUCCAAUCUUAAUAUGUUAUCUUAUAAUCAUAUAAAAUAACAACAAAAUUGUAUUUUGAUAGUUCAUCAAUAAAUUACUAUUUUUUGUUUGCAUAUUUA